CGGGAGCCGCGAGCUGGGCGCUGGGGCGCUGCGGGUGGAAAGGCACAAACAGUGUCCGGUUUCCUGUCCGCACCCUCCCGCGCUCCUGGCCACUCCCUCGGCCCGCGCGCUCCGCCCGCCGCUCCCCCUCCCCAUCCCUCGGGUCCCGGGAUGGGGGGGCGGUGAGGCAGGCACAGCCCCCCGCCCCCAUGGCCGCCCGUCGGAGCCAGAGGCGGAGGGGGCGCCGGGGGGCGCCGGGCACCGCCCUGCUGGCCCCACUCGUGCUGGGCCUGGGCCUGGCUCUGGCCUGCCUGGGCCUCCUGCUGGUGGUGGUCAGCCUGGGGAGCUGGGCAUCGCUGUCUGGCCAGGCGCCUUCCCAGGGGGAGCUGGUGGCAGAGGAAUUCCAGAACUCGGCGGAUCUGAGUCGCCAGCCAGAGGAAGCCCAGGAUCCUGCACCUUUUCCCAAAAGACUGGUUCGGACUCACAGAAGUGCACCUAAAAGCCAGAAAAGAAGGACUCGAAGAGCAAUUGCUGCCCACUAUGAAGUUCACCAACGACCCGGACAAGAUGGUGCACAGGCAGGUGUGGAUGGGACGGUGAGUGGCUGGGAGGAAGCCAGGAUCAACAGUACCAACCCACUGCGCUAUGACCGCCACAGCGGGGGAUUUGUCGUCACCCGGGCCGGGCUCUACUACCUGUACUGUCAGGUGCACUUUGAUGAGGGUAAAGCUGUCUACCUGAAGCUGGACUUGCUGGUGGACAACACGCUGGCCCUACGCUGCCUCGAGGAGUUCUCAGCCACUGCCGCCAGUUCCCCAGGGCCCCAACUGCGGCUCUGUCAAGUGUCUGGGUUGCUGCCCCUGCGCUCAGGGUCCUCUUUGAGGAUCCGCACCCUGCCCCGAGCCCACCUCAAGGCGGCCCCUUUUCUCACCUACUUUGGACUGUUCCAAGUUCACUGAGGGACCCUGGCUGCCUGUGGCUCUCCCUGGUGGACAGCUCCCCACAACAGCUCUCUGAGCUCGCUCUGGGCUCCCAGCUGGCACCUGUGCCCCAUCUCAGCUGCUCCUCCCCGGCUCUACCCCCCACCCCCUCUGGGGGCUCUCACUUGUCUCACGUGUUUCCCUGACACACCAAUAUUCCCGUUCUCGGCAACUCUCCCCACCUCUGCCUCCCACCUUGUUAGCCCCCAACGCCUCAUCUCUCCAUACCCAUUACCUCCUAAUUCUUCCCAUUCUGGCCAUAGCCCCCCAGGACACUGUGUUUACUGUAUUGUGGGUGAAGACGGAGCUGCCUCUUUGGGCACUAAGAGGGGCUGGAUGCCUGAGAGACUGGGACUAAGCCAGGAGUUCCCAGAUGUGAGGGCGAGAGACCAAGACAGACUCUUCCUCAGAUAAUUCCCUGUGGAUUUUAAAAAGAUAUUAUUUUUAUUAUUGUGACAAAAUGUUGCUAAGUGAAUAUUAAAGAGAAUAAAUAAUAGUCUCUGUCUU